GUGGAGAUGCAGCAGCAGUUCCUCUAAUUCAGGAAAUUCUGAAAGUGACCGACGACAUUGUCAAGAAACAAAUUGAAAAUGGAGGAAAGCAUCUCUGUUCUGUUGUUUAUGGUUCACUACCUCCAGAGACUUGAACGAGACAGGCGACAAUGUUCAAUGAUGAAAACAGCGAGUUAGAUGUUCUCGUAGCUAGUGAUGCCAUCGGGAUGGGUCUUAACCUUGACAUAUCUAGAAUUAUAUUUUCAACCUUGAAGAAAUUUGAUGGUGUGGAAAUGCGGGACCUUUCUGUCUCGGAGAUCAAACAAAUUGCAGGAAGAGCAGGCAGGUAUAGAUCUAAAUUCCCUGUUGGUGAAGUGACGUGUCUAGAUGCGGAAGAUCUACCUCUACUUAAUUCAUCAUUGAGUUCCUCAUCUCCCAUUAUAGAGCAAGCUGGACUUUUUCCGAGUUUUGACCUUUUGUUCAUGUAUUCUCGUCUCCAUCCUAUGCUUGGUAUGCAACAGAUAUUGGAACAUUUUCUGGAGAAUGCCAAGUUAUCUGCAAACUAUUUCAUCACUGAUUGUGAAGAAAUGUUGUCCAGUAGAUAUGGAUGAUGACAUUUCAUCUCAGGGCCUGACUCAGUUUGCACAUAGUUAUUCCAAGAAUGGCAUUGUAAGGCUUCGAGAAAUAUUUACUCCGAGAACGCUCAAGGUCCCAAAAACACAAACUGCACUUAAAGAGCUUGAAUCUGUUCACAAGGUGGAUUUCCCUGUACAGGGCAUAAUGGAGCAGAAGCCUCGGAUGCUGGUGCCAAGACUGAAAUUGGGUACCCAAGGCCUGGAGGUUUCUAAACUGGGUUUUGGUUGUGGGGGACUUUCUGGCAUACUAAAUGCUCCACUCUCGCAUGAAGCUGGAUGUGCGAUUUUAAAAGAAGCAUUCAAUAUGGGUAUCACCUUCUUUGACACUGCUGAUCGCUAUGGACAGGAGGGCGACAAUGAGAUAAUGAUUGGCAAGGCAUUAAAAGAGUUGCCUCGUGAACAAGUUCAACUAGCAAGUAAAUUUGGCAUUUAUAAGAUGGAUUUCACUCAAGUAGAGGUCAAAGGAACUCUUAAGUAUGUGCGGCAAUGCAUCGAAGCCAGUCUUAAGCGGCUGAAUGUGGAUUACAUUGAUCUGUAUUAUCCGCACCGGAUAGACAUAUCUGUGCCAAUAGAGGAAACGAUGUGGGAGCUAAAGAAGCUAGUGGAAGAGGGAAAGAUUAGAUACAUUGGGUUGUCCGAAGCUAGUGUGGAUACAAUCAGGAGGGCACAUGCAGUUCAUCCAAUAACUGCUGUAGAAAUGGAGUAUUCUCUAUGGACUCGUGAAAUAGAAGAGGAUGUAAUCCCACUUUGUAGGGAACUUGGUAUUGGAAUAGUAGCUUAUAGCCCACUUGGUCAUGGGUUCUUUGUUGGGAAGGCAAUUGUGGAGAGCUUGCCUUCACAGAGUCUUCUGGAUAAGCACCCAAGGUUUGUUGGAGAGAAUCUAGAGAAGAACAAAGUACUUUAUGCUCGUUUUGCCAAUUUAGCAGCCAAGCAUUCUUGCACUCCUCCUCAACUUGCUCUGGCAUGGCUUCUCCAUCGGGGAGAUGAUGUGGUUCCAAUACCUGGAACAACAAAGAUUAAGAACCUUAUUGACAACAUUAAUUCUCUAGCUGUCAAGCUGACACCUGAUGACUUGAAAGAAAUAGCUGAUGCAAUUCCCAUUGAUCAAGUUGCUGGAGAAAGAGAAGUUGUCCUCUUCUCAAAAUACAACUAUAAAUUAGCUAAUACCCCGCUGGAGAAAGAGAAGUUGUCCUCUUCUCAAAAUACGACUAUAAAUUAGCUAAUACCCCGUAAAAGCACUAGUUUUGUGAGGAAAAUAUUUCCUUUAACUAUAAACAUUAAAUGUGUGUCUGUGUCUGUUAUACUCUCCUGGAUGGUGAGUGAAGGCUAAACUUUUUAUGUCAUUCAACCAGAUCAUUUGAAUGACAUUGUUUUCCAUUGUAAUGGCAAUUCUCGUGUGUGAUAUUAUUUGGUUUA